AUGAGCAAUUCAUCGGAAACUUCGGUUUCCAACGUCUCCGCAAAUAACUUACUCGACAAGCGCGUAACCGGCGACCACUGGAAAGUUCAUCCCAUGGAGAACCCCGCAACCGCAGCAUGGAAUCUCAGUCUUGAAGGAUCAGACGUCGUCAAGCUACUUCGGGGCUAUCAGCCCGAUGGAAUGGAGGGUCGAUGGAUGUGCCGUGCAAAGGGCCCGGAUGAGCAAGGAAACAUAUCUGUCGACGUGUAUAGAAGCUGGACUGGACGUCAACAACUUCAGCUCACGGUAGCAACAUCGGUUAAAGAUUACGCUUCGGAUGUACCUCAAAGGAAGAUCACAGAAAUUAUUUGGGAUAGAGGCAAUAGAGAUCACCAGGUUACGGAGGAGGAGGCUAAAGACUUAGCAACAAUGGUUUGUCGAGGGGCCCUUGGCUGUGAACUAAAGGCCAUACAUAAAUCAAGAUAG